AUGUUGUCUGGGCAAUGCCUGUCCCAUAUUUGCCAAAAUAUUCAAAGGUGGACGAACAGGCCUUCAAACCGUUAUCAAUUCCUCUAUGCGUUUGAUAUUCGGUCUUUCAGUUUGCUUAUUUUCUUCUAGCUUUUGUUUCCAAUGUUAUCUUGGUGAGUUAGUAUUACCUUCACGGAAAAAAAUGGUUAAAAGGAUCCAAGCUUUGGUACAACCGAGUGGAAACUGGACAUAUAGUUGAAGCGAAUUGCGAUUACGACGUGGUAUACUGCUACAAGUAUGUCUUUUUUUCUGGUUUUAUUUUUUUUAUUCAUGAAAAAAAAUUUUUCUCGUUAAAGCCAUUGAAGCACGAGGUUGUUCUUUUAGGAAAGUUGGUCUGACGAAAGUAAAUUCUUCCGGGAAAGGGCGGCUGUCUUCGUACUCUUGUGGUUCGUUGGCCAUGUGCGCGGUAGGUCCACGUGAGAGAAAGUUCAUGAAAAGUGCAGCAAAUCGGGUGCACUCGUGGGCCUGGAGACGUCGUCGAGUGCUGCUGUGGCAGCGAGCUCUGCAAUAUCGCAAAUCCGACCGUUCUAUUACUUCCUGUUGUUGUUUUUGGUUUUGCAGCUUUUUAA